GGCAGGUGGGAGGAAAGAGGGUGCUCGGGCGGCGCGCGCGCGGCAGUGGCGUGGCUCCUCCCCGGGGCGGGGAAGGCCGGGCCGGCGGGCUCGCGGCACCGCCCCCUCCCCCCUGCUGUCCCCCUCAGUAACUUGGCUGCCUUUUAUCGAGCGAGCCGCGCGGCAGAGAGUUUGCUGGGGCCGGAGCUGCGGCGCGAGCGGGGAGCGAGCGCGGAGUGGCGGGGAGGGGGGCCCCGGUCCGGGACGAUGCUGCGGCUGGUGUCGCUGAAGUUGGGGCGGCUGUACCGCUACGUGAAGCUGGCGGUGCUGGGCAGCCUGGCGGCGGCGCUGGUACUGAACACGCACUCCCUGCUGGCCUCGCUGCAGCGCAAUGAGCUGUCGGAGCGGCGCUUCCUGCAGCUCAAUAAGUGCCCGGCUUGCUGGGGCACCAGUUGGUGCCGCAAGUUCCUCAACGGGCAGCUGCGGCUGGAGAGCUGGGGCCGCCUGCGCCUGCUCGACUUCCUCAAUGUCAAGAACGUCUACUUUGCGCGCUACGGCGAGCCCCGCGAGGGCAGCCGCCGCGUCGUGCUCAAGCGCCUGGGCUCGGCGCAGGAGCUCGCCGACAUCGACACCAAGAUCUGCCGCCGCGCCACCGGCAGGGGCCGCUGCGACCUGCUGCAGGCCCUGCACGCCACCGAGUUCGCCAGCAUCAACGGCGACGUGCGGCUGCUCACCCCCGACGUGGUGGAGGGCUGGUCGGAUCUGGUGCACUGCCCCUCGCAGCGCCUGCUCGACCGCCUGGUCCGCCGCUACGCCGAGACCAAGGACUCGGGCAGCUUCCUGCUCCGCAACCUCAAGGACUCGGAGCGCAUGCAGCUGCUCAUCACGCUGGCCUUCAACCCGGAGCCGCUGGUGCUGCAGAGUUUUCCAUCUGAUGAGGGCUGGCCAUUUGCAAAGUACCUGGGAGCAUGUGGAAGAAUGGUGGCUGUCAACUAUGUUGGAGAAGAAUUGUGGAGUUACUUCAAUGCACCAUGGGAAAAACGAGUGGACUUGGCCUGGCAGUUAAUGGAAAUAGCAGAACAACUGACAAACAAUGACUUUGAAUUUGCACUCUACCUCCUUGAUGUCAGCUUUGACAACUUUGCAGUUGGUCCUAGAGAUGGAAAGGUUAUCAUUGUAGAUGCAGAAAAUGUUCUGGUGGCAGACAAAAGGUUAAUCAAACAGAAUAAACCUGAAAACUGGGAUGUAUGGUACGAGAGCAAGUUUGAUGACUGUGAUAAAGAAGCUUGCUUGUCCUUCUCGAAAGAGAUUCUUUGUGCUCGUGCUACUGUGGAUCACAAUUACUACGCUAUUUGUCAGAACCUUUUAUCAAGACAUGCCACCUGGCGUGGCACUUCUGGAGGACUACUUCAUGACCCUCCAGCUGAAAUUGCCAAAGAUGGCCGACUUGGGGCCUUGCUAGAUGAGUGUGCCAACCCAAAGAAACGAUAUGGUAGAUUCCAAGCUGCAAAAGAACUACGUGAAUACCUUGCACAAUUAAGUAAUAAUGUGAGGUAGUCCACGGUGAAUCAUCUCCUUUUUGUAACACUGGCUAAAACACUAUCGCAAAGACACAUGGAAAAAUGAGGUUUUGAACUCACAUAUUCAAAAGAGAAACAUUUUUUUAAAAAAAUUAAACCAUUCUCUGAUCAAUUAUAUAAAUGCCGUAAAAUAUUAUGGUGUUUAGAGGAUGUUCCUCUGUAAACAGACAUGGUACUUAUCUAAUUAAAACUUGAGCUACUAUUGACUGUUCUCCAUGAUUGCCUAAGGAGUGGGUCAGAUGAGAAAAGACUGAUAGCUUAAUUGACAGCUUGUCUGUCAAAGGGUACUUUACAUAAAACUGCAUUAGCAUCACAGUUUGUGAAGCUAGCUGAUGCUUUUACUUGGAAAGUCAAGUUAGACUGAUGGCCUGUUUUAAAGGCUUUUUUCCUGAUGUCGUUGUCUCAUUUUUGUGUUCAAACACCUUACGGAAGUGGCAUUUACAUACAUGCAGGUGAAUCUAGGUGUCUGUUGCAUUGUUUCAAAUUUAACAAGUUUUAUUUAAUAUUGUGCAGGAUAUUAUUACUAUGAGUGCAGGAUUCCCAUAUUUACUGUCUAAUCUAAGUUCUUACCACUGUAUCUUACUGUGUGUAUUACAUUUUUAAAAAGGAUAUAGACAUAAAGCAGAGCCAACUGUCCUAUAUGAACCAUAAUACAUUCAUAUUUGAUUUUUGUAGUUCUGCUAUUGCAGGUAUCACUUGAUAAUGUAGUUACUGUACAAAAUUUCAACCUUCCAUGCAAGUAUGUACACAUAGCCAUUCAACAGGGAAUAGUUUGUAUGAGCAAACAGUCAUUUUUAACUUGUGGGGGAGAAUAUAGUAAAAAUCAGUAGGAAUUGAGGGUAGGUUUAAAAAUAAGAUCACUAGUCCAGUGUAGUCAAGCAUAAACCAAAGAAAAUGGUUUUGUAUCAGUCCCUAGACUAACUUUAAAGCAGAAUUAUGUACUGUAGUAACGCUAAUCCAUUAUGGAAAUUCAAAUUUCAGUGCGUCCUUAUUUACUCUUUUUGAGAAACUUUAAGCUACUAGUUAGUGCUUGAGGAAAAUCCAAAUUUAAAUUUGAAGAAAAUGCCUAGCAGGCUAGCAUUUGUUUUGUAUCAUUUGCAAUUCUGCUGAAUUCACAAUGUAACGAAAUUUACUGAAUGUUUAUCCAUCAGUUUAGUCGUUAAACUGACUAUGCCAUGUUCGUGCUAGAGACGUUGCUUUGAAAUAAGUUUUACUAUUGGAAUUGCAGUAAAAAUGGUCCCUUAAUGGUUAGUGUAAACCUGAGAUUGCUCCUAUAAAUAAGAAUUUGCAUAAAAUAUCAAUCACUAUCAAAAUGAUGUACUUUCUUGGAAGAUUUUUUAUUUCAUUUAUACAAUAGCUACUGUAGUGUUCCAUUUACCUGAAGUGUCAUAAAAUUCUACUCCUAAGCAAAUACACAAAGGAAAAAAGUAACAGUUGUAAAUUUAGCAAAACCAUGGUAUUAAACAAUUUGGAAUGAACUGGGCAUGCACGACUAUUCAUGACAAAGUCAGCAUGGCUAUCAAAUACUACUGCAAAGACAGAUGGAUAUUGCUGCUAGACCAAAAUUGCUGUAGGAGCAUUGUAAAAGAAAAAAGCAAAUUGUAAUUCAACACCGAUUGGUUCUUUUUUCUCAAAACUGGGGAGUGCGGUGGUGGGGGAAGUAUCGCUGUAUAAAGAUGCAAAAGUUUUCUCAGAUUUGUUAGAUGAGUGUAUUAAUGACUGUUUUGCACAGCUCUGGAUUUUCACUUUGAAUCCAUUUUGCAUAUGUAGUCAUUCUUUACUGCAACUCACUUGUCUUAAUUUUGUUUUCAGAAGCUAAUAUGACACUUGCAGCUUUUAUUUUCCUAUUUGCUGUUUUGGAUUUUUUUGUGUUUUUGUUUUGUUUUUGCUGUUGGAAGACUGUUUUACCAGCUGUGCUGCAACCUCUUUCCCUUCAGAUAUGAGUCUUUAAAUCGGCUUUACACUACUUUUUUUUGUCAAAAUACACUUAUUUGCAGCAAAUACAUUGAAAAAUUGACAUUAAAUAACGCUAGCUGCCACGCAAGCCUUGUUGUAUCAAUGAUGUUGAUUUUUUAAACACCCAGCACAUUAUCUGAUUGAGUUGUGUGUGAUUAUUAAAGGGUAAUAGAAAACACUGCCAGCUCUGAUUAGUACUUGAGGUAGUCUUGUAACUACCAAAUGUCCCUGGUUAGAUUUGUAACUACCAAAUGUCCCUGGUUAGAUUUGGUUUAAGGGUUAUAGUUCCCUCUGAAAUAUAUUGAGAAAGCUGAUUUGGAAAGGAAUCUAGAAUUUAUUUAAAAAACAAACAAAAAAACAAAACAAACACUACAGGGAAAACACUUACGUGGAAAGCAAUAAAUUUUGUUCAAUUUGCACCUAUCAGAUAUUUAUUGUACAAUGACAGUUUAUAUUUUUAGUCAUUGCCCAUUAAUAUUGAUGAACUCUUGGUGAAAUAUUUUUGAAUGAGACAUUUGGGGUUUGUAUGUGCAUUAAAAUUGUCUUUUGUACUGUAAGUUACUGUUUGUUUUGGAAUAUUUUAUCAAAAUUGUCUUCCUGUGCCUUCAUAUUACACAAAGUUGUUUCUACAACUUUUAAGGAUAUUAAUAAAGAGUACUUUAAGAA